UAUUGCCUUUUAAUCUCAUGUUUUAAAGUCUGUAAUUAAGGCAGAAUCUGUAUUUUUAACAAAUAAGGAUUAAGUGUAAGGAGUAGCAUGGCAAAAAAGCUGCCAGCUCUUUGCACAACAGCAGUUGUAAAAGCUAUUAAAGAAAUGUUUCUGAUGUGUCGACAGUGCUUAAGUGCAUUAUGCGUUAGCUCACUGAAUAUUGUAUACUACCUUCUGUCUCAAGUUACUGGGAGCUCUCCACUGGUUUUGUAUGCUGCAGCCCUGAAGUUUAUCUUUGUCUAAUGCUCUCAGAAUAAUUCUGAAUUUAGCAUUUAUUCUAGCAAAUUGUGUGAGUUGUUGGAAAGUGUAAUAGUUUGCAUCAUUUCUCUCUGUUACAGUGGCACAGUAUGUUAUUUUGGAAAGAUAACAGAACAUAAAAGGUGGGAAGAAAUGCAGUGUACCAGCUGCAUGCUAACACUUGUACUGCAAGCCAGGAGUACGAUUGUUCUCUGCAGGUUUUGAAUACUAAUUUUUAGAAGUUAAUACUUAAAAGUCCACUUCAGCUUUAGAUGAUUGCCCAAGGUAACAGUGGAAAUGGACUGGCCUUUUGAAAGGGGCACUUGGUGUACUCAGAAGGCUGGGCUCUGCACAGGGCUGAGUCACAGGGAGGAGGCUAAACCUGUGCAAUGUGCCCUUAAGCCCUCAUGCUCAGGGGCUGCACCCUCUCUUCAGUCCCAAGGCAUUUCUUCCUUUGUGCAAAGUGCACACAGCUGCAAUUGCACAGUCUAGCCCCGAGGGCAUGUGAAUGCACUCUGAAAAGGCACAGCUAUGAAAACCCUAUGCUAUACCUAUUUUCUGGCUUGAUCCCCAGAGACAGUCUGGUAAGACAGACAAGCAAUGGGACUACUAACAAGUAAGCAUAUUUGAAGCACUCUUUUGUAGGUACCCACUCCUGACAAACAACUAUGUUCCUGCCUGCCAGCUGCUGAUGCUCCAGAUGUCUCUGUUGGAAUGCAUUCCCUCACAAACCAGAGGUUAUAAGAUAUCAUAGCCUGCUUUCACAGAGGCAAUACUACAACCUGCUUCCCUCUCAUGAGCAUACAGAAGAAUAUUCAGAAAACAAGCAAGUUUUUGCCUGCUAAUAGAUGUGAGAAACCACUGAGGGCUUCAGGAAAUGGGAGAGAUGCAGAAAAAGGCAAAAGAAUUGAAAAUAUUACUAACAGGACAACAGCUGCUUCAGUGAUUUUGCGUAUGUAUCUGACAGUAUCGGUCUAGACUUCAGGUAAACCUCACUGUACUUGUGGCAUGUGUGAAAAGGCUUGAUUGAAUUCAGCACGUGUUAGAAAGCUCACGUCUCUGCUAAAAUGAAUGGGAAUAAAACAGCCAGUGAACAAAGGUACCCGUAGCUGUGCUGCUGUUUGUAUUUCCUGAAUAGCAUGGAUAGGCCAGCAAUCUGUAACAUCUUUUAUAGUCACUGCUGCAGAGAUAAUAUUUGAACAAAAUAAUGGUUAUGUGGCUCUAUGGUAUGACACUUUGGGAGCUGAGAGAAAAUGAGCAGAACUUGCUCUUUGUGCUUUGCAUUUCAGAUGGAAAAGGUAUGGAGAUAUAUGCAGUCUAUUGUACAGGUGGUGAAAACGUGAUUCCUUACUCUUCAGAGAGCAUCUCAAAACGUAUGCUGAAGUAAUGUAACAGCUUAUAACAAGAUAACAACCAUGAAAAGUGGCAUUUCCUGGGAAUUCAUUACCGACUGGGAUCCCCUCAGUAAGGUGCAAAGCAGCGUCAUUUCACUGUGACCAUCAGACCUGAACAGCAGCUUGGAAAGAAAAGGACACUAAUACCUAUUCAAAAUGUUUGUUAAAACAUGGCCACACGUCAUUUCUGCUAUUUUUUAGGUACCCUGGGCAACCAUGAUGUCUUACUCAUUCUGCAUGCUCACAGCAGCAGCUGCUUUGCUAGUGCCUUGCCAUGCACUCAACUGUCCAGGACUUCCUGAGCUAUCCGAUAACACUACACUUGGUGGACUACUUCGACUACUAGAACCUAUUCUAGGCCCAACGUGGCCUUUUAGAAGAGAGAAGCUUCCUGAACCUCAAGUGCCCAUGGGGCUGCAAGGUCUACCUAUUUCGCGCAACACUGAAUUCAGUGAUGUUUUAGUGAAUUUCAGACAACGGCUUUCCAGACUUGAAGGCGCGCUUACUUUGAAUGGGAAAAUAACAAAAGCAGGAGAGAAAAUCCUUGCCAGCAAUGGGAAGAAAGUGACUUUUUCAUCUGCUCUAGAAUCCUGUGAACAGACUGGAGGAACUCUUGCAACUCCCAUGAAUAAGGAGGAGAACAAAGCUAUUUUGAGGAUUGUGGAACAGUAUAACACUAAUGCUUAUUUGGGCAUUAAAGAGAGUGAGACUUCAGGACAAUUUGAGUAUAUGAAUGGCACACCUCUGAAUUACACCAAUUGGUACCAAUAUGAGCCUAAUGGCAAAGGGACAGAAAAAUGUGUAGAGAUGUACACCAACGGGAACUGGAAUGACAGAAAAUGCAACCUGUAUCGCCUCACAAUCUGUGAAUUUUAAAGAAUGAUGUUUCAGGCACCUGAGAGUAUGGAGACAAUGAAACAACCUACGCUUCAGGUUUAUGCAAUUUCUGCAAUUGUUCCAUGUCAGAAAAUCUAAAACGAAUCAUAUUAUGAUAUAUUUUUAUCCUUAUGAAAAUUCCAAAUGUAGAAGGUGAUUAACCUUAUUAAAAUGUGCUUAAGUUGC